UAACAAAUUGUGAGGCUUUACAGUCGAUUGGUUCAUUCUUCACAUACUUGUGUCCAUUGAGUCCACAAUCGUUUACCUCUUUUAACAAAAAGUUUCUCCAAGUAAUCAAUAACUCAAACAAUGACUUCGUUUUCACUCAAUAAGGUGUUAAUCAGUGAUUCAGUGGAUCCAUCGGCUAUUGAUAUACUGAGACAGAGGAAUGUCUCGACGGAUGUGAAGACUGGCUUAUCUAAAGAGCAACUCAUCGAAACCAUAAGGGAUUACGAGGCAUUGAUCGUGAGGUCAGCCACGACUGUGACGGCAGAUGUGAUCAAAGCGGCCAAACAUCUCAAAGUGAUCGGUCGAGCGGGUGUAGGGGUGGACAACAUCGAUGUGGACGCGGCCACCAAACAGGGCGUUAUUGUCAUAAAUGCUCCGGGAGGUAACACCAUAAGUGCGGCUGAGCUGACCUGCACUAUGAUUCUGUCGCUCUCUCGCCAUUUGACACAAGCUGAUUCAGUGGAUCCAUCGGCUAUUGAUAUACUGAGACAGAGGAAUGUCUCGACGGAUGUGAAGACUGGCUUAUCUAAAGAGCAACUCAUCGAAACCAUAAGGGAUUACGAGGCAUUGAUCGUGAGGUCAGCCACGACUGUGACGGCAGAUGUGAUCAAAGCGGCCAAACAUCUCAAAGUGAUCGGUCGAGCGGGUGUAGGGGUGGACAACAUCGAUGUGGACGCGGCCACCAAACAGGGGGUUAUUGUCAUAAAUGCUCCGGGAGGUAACACCAUAAGUGCGGCUGAGCUGACCUGCACUAUGAUUCUGUCGCUCUCUCGCCAUUUGACACAAGCGUGCGCUUCGUUGAAGAGUGGCGUUUGGGACCGAAAGAGCUUUUCAGGCAAUGAAUUGUUGGGAAAAACUCUGGCAAUCGUUGGUUUGGGUCGUAUUGGCCGAGAAGUGGCCACAAGGAUGCAGGCCUUCGGUAUGAAGACUAUAGGAUUUGAUCCGUUAGUUCCGGCAGAUGUGAGCAAAACAUUUGAUGUGGAGAGCCUGCCAUUGGAGCAGAUCUGGCCUCAGGCCGACUACAUCACAGUCCAUACGCCACUCAUUCCGCAGACUAAAAAUCUGUUGAAUGACACAACUCUGGGUCAGUGCAAGAAAGGCGUGCGUCUGAUAAACGUCGCGCGCGGGGGUAUCAUCGAUGAGGAGGCUCUCCUGCGAGCCCUCCAGUCUGGACACGUGGGCGGCGCCGGACUCGAUGUCUAUGAAGAAGAGCCGCCCAAACGAAACCAACUGUUAAGUCACCCCAAAGUGAUUUGUACCCCACAUUUGGGCGCCAGUACUGCCGAGGCUCAGAUCAAUGUAGCCAAAGAAAUAGCCCUUCAGUUUCUGGAUCUAAUUGAUGGCAAAUCUGUUCCUGGAAUUGUAAACCCUUCGGUUCUAAAAAAGCAAUAAAAUGUGAAAUUCAAAGAACAAGACAUUUAAAAUGAAAAAUUAUUUUUUAAAUUUCUCCAAUUGCACCAAUCAAUUGCUAUUGUUUUUAAUUGAAUAAAUUGAUUUCACUACUUUUAAAUAAAAUUGCCAUUUGAAUGAAAAAAUA